UUCUCCAUUUUUCUCAUGGAAAUCUCUCUGGGGUUUAAUGCAGUCAGUCCGCAGCCACUGAGAUUCUGCUUCGACACGAACCCACUAGAGCUCAAUCGAGUCACACACACACACACACACACAUGAAGACGCUGGGAUCGAUCGGAGCACUGAGAUUAUAGUGUGCGGGAUUAUCUGUGCGGUUUUCACUGAUGCAAGGACGUUUCUCCUGCCUUUUCGAGAAUCGAUGAAUAUGCGCGCUGUGUUCUGGAGAUUGUCCGCAUCUUCUGCUCGCAUCUCUCGGAUCUAACAUUUCUUUUACCUCAGGUUGUGCUGUUGUGAAGGCCGAUCCAUCCCACCGGAAUGAAAUCAGGAAAACGGUAAACAUGGCAGAUACGGUAAACACGAGCGCCGACGCUCCCUCAGACCAUCAGGAGGAACGGGAAGAGCUCGCCUGAGGAUUCGCGACACACUCGGAUUACAGAUUAGCGCUUGUAAGGAUUACGACUUCCGUCAGCAUGUUCGCGCAUUCGCUCGCCGCAAGAAUGAUCCUUCAGAUCCUCGCUGUGAUUUGGGGAGUUACACUCGUCGUUUGCCAGCAAGCACAAUACACAACGGUGACCACCAAUUACGGUAAGUUGCGCGGGUUGCGGGUGUCGUUGGCGAGCGAGAUCCUGGGCCCCGUGGAGCAGUAUCUGGGGGUCCCGUACGCGACGCCCCCUACUGGAGAACGCCGGUUUCAGGCUCCGGAUCCGCCCUCGUCGUGGCCCGGCGUCAGGAACGCCACACACUUCGCUCCGGUGUGUCCGCAGUUCCUGGAGGACCGGCUCCUGCUCACGGACAUGCUCCCGGUGUGGUUUACCGCAAACCUGGACACGGUAGCGACGUACGUGCACGAGCAGAGCGAAGACUGUCUGUACCUCAAUAUCUACGUGCCCACAGAGGAAGACACACACGAUGAGUCGGGUUUGAAGCCGGUCAUGGUUUAUAUUCACGGCGGCUCGUACGUGGAGGGAACCGGGAACAUGAUGGACGGCAGUGUCCUCGCCAGCUACGGCAACGUGAUCGUCGUCACCGUCAACUACAGGUUAGGAGUGUUAGGUUUCCUCAGCACUGGAGAUCAGGCGGCGAAGGGGAACUACGGUCUCCUGGACCAGAUCCAGGCCCUGCGCUGGGUGAAGGAGAACAUCCAGGCCUUCAACGGCGAUCCGGAGCGAGUGACCAUCUUCGGCUCGGGAGCAGGAGCCUCGUGUGUCAGUCUGCUCACCCUCUCACACUAUUCUGAAGAUCUGUUUCAGAAAGCAAUCAUUCAGAGUGGCACGGCUCUCUCCAGCUGGGCCGUCAACUACCAGCCGGCCAAAUACACACGCAUGCUGGCCGAGAAGGUCGGCUGCAACGAGGACGACACGGUGGAGCUGGUCCAAUGCCUCCAAAACAAAAACUACAAGGAGCUCAUCGAACAAAACAUCACCCCUGCCAAAUACCACAUCGCAUUCGGGCCCGUGAUCGACGGAGACGUCAUUCCGGACGACCCGCAGAUCCUCAUGGAGCAAGGAGAGUUCCUCAACUACGACAUCAUGUUGGGAGUCAACCAGGGCGAGGGAUACAAGUUCGUGGACGGGAUCUUAGACAGCGAGGACAGAAUAACCGGAAACGACUUUGAGUUCGCAAUUUCUGAAUUCGUCGACCACUUGUACGGCUAUCCGGAAGGAAAAGAUACCCUGCGGGAAACCAUAAAGUUCAUGUACACGGAUUGGGCGGACAGGGAAAACCCGGAGAUGCGCAGGAAAACGUUGGUUGCGCUUUUCACGGAUCACCAGUGGGUGGCGCCGGCCGUGGCCACAGCGGAUCUGCACGCUCAAUACGGGUCGCCCACGUACUUUUACGCCUUUUACCACCAUUGCCAGAGCGAUAUGAAACCCGCCUGGGCCGAUUCUGCACACGGAGACGAGCUUCCGUAUGUUUUCGGCAUUCCCAUGAUCGGACCCACGGAUCUGUUCAACUGCAACUUUUCCAAGAAUGACAUUAUGCUGAGCGCCGUCGUCAUGACGUACUGGACGAACUUUGCCAAAACUGGAGACCCAAAUCAACCAGUUCCUCAAGACACCAAAUUCAUCCACACUAAACCGAACCGCUUUGAGGAGGUGGCCUGGUCGAAGUACAACCCUAAAGACCAGCUGUACCUUCACAUCGGCCUGAAGCCUCGUGUUCGCGACCACUACAGAGCCACCAAAAUCGCCUUCUGGUUGGAGUUAGUGCCACACUUGCACAACAUCAACGAACUCUUCCAGUACGUCUCAUCGACGACUAAAAUCCCACCGCAAGACACGACGCCUUUCUCCUACACCAAACGCUUGUCCAAUAAACUCUGGCCUUCGACCACUCGCCAUCCUCCCGCUCCUCCAGCAAACACCAAACAGAUGUCGGAUCAGCAGAAAACAUCGGAGCACGCCGACGGGACGGUCAUCAUCGAAGCGCGGGAUUAUUCCACCGAACUGAGCGUGACGAUCGCCGUCGGGGCUUCGCUUCUCUUCUUAAACAUCCUUGCAUUCGCGGCGCUUUACUACAAAAAGGACAAACACCGGCUAGAGUCGAGUCGCAGACUCAGUCCUCCGAGAAACCUAGCGAACGACAUUCCCCGCGUCCCGAGCGAAGAGUUGAUGUCCCUGCAGAUGAAACAACUCGAUCACGAUCGCGAUCACGAUCACGACUGCGAUUCGCUGCACGGCCACGACAUGAUCCACCUGAGCUGUCCGCCCGAUUACGCGCUAACGUUGCGCCGGUCGCCCGACGACGUGCCGCUAAUGGCGCCGAACACCAUCACGAUGAUUCCCAGCUCUUUCGCGGGAAUGCAGCCGUCGUAUCACAACCCGUUUAACGCGUUCGGGAACAACACUCCGAGCAGCACGGGUCUCCCUCAUGGACACUCCACGACGCGAGUAUAACGGACUCUUCGAUGCGCACCCAAACGCUGAGGGUGUUAUUUUGCUACGGACUCUUUUAUGAAUUAAGUAACGUUACACUUAUUAACCUGUAUAAUGUGAUCAGUGAAUGUAAUCAUUUUUCGCAUUCAUGGUACAGUGACCGACCGAAGCACUCAAAAAAUAUUAUUACGUCAAAUUAAGGAAUAUUAUUUGCAUCCUGAUUUCCUGAUUAACGUGUGUGGCGAUUUAUCGAUUUAUCGUGGCAUUGCAGCGCUAAAACCUGCAUCUUAAGGCCCGUUCACGCCAAGCAUGAUAACGAUAAAAAUAAAAAUAUAGAUUCGUUUAAAUGUAAAAGACUGUUCAGGGGUGCGUUUCCCGAAAGCAUCG